AUGCUUUAUCUCUUGGUUCAGGUCAAUGAAGGUGUCAAAUGUGUUAUUCCUGAGCAUGUAAUAAGCAUAGAGUCUACAAAUAAUCAAUUUUUUGAUUUUUUUGAUGCAAUCACGUUAGGACAAUAUGAUAGAAGAGAGGUAAAAGUUUUUAUUAGACAGAGAGAGAUUGAAGGUUGGCAAGAAGUAGACAAUGGGUUAAAUGAUGAUUUAGCAAUGUUAGAAGUUUUGGGCUUUAGACAGAUUAAAUUUUGUCUUGUUUAUAGUAAAAAUUUGGAUCCUCCAGACUUAACUCAAGAUGGGCCAGAUGCUUUUAACAUCUUAAUAGCAAAUUCAAGAAGACUAUUACUUCCUAGACAUUGUACUGAGAACAAUAACUUUGACAGACUUUACAAUGAAAUUAUUGAGCUUUUUCAAGAUCAACAAGUUGGCUGGAUAUGCGGUUCACAUGAAAUGAUAGGAAAAGAAUUCAUAAAUCAUCUUACAAGUGCUUUGUG